CAACUCUGCAUGCUUUUUGGAGAGACUCCACUCAUAUUGCUCCAACUUCGUAUCGGACUGGAUGUAAGCCCGCUCCCAUCGGUUGUCGCCAUGUAGUCGGAGCGCACCUGAGCAAAACGCGACACCUUUUUGGAUUGGAUAUAAACUCGACUGGCCAACUACGUACUCAACGAUGUGGACCAGGUGCGCUUUUGUGCUGGCGUGUUUUUGCGCCGUUUGCUUUGGAAACCCGCACAAAUGCGACGAAGUGCGGAAAGUUUUUCAGCUUAGACAAAUCGGGCCGACCCAGAUGCUGCCUUUGAGUCCCAGGCCAGGCUCAGAUCUUCAAGUGUGCAAGUCUAAAAGCCAAAGCUGCUGCACCAAAAAGAUGGAGGAGCGCUACCAGAUAGCGGCGCGGCGGGACAUCGAGAACCUCCUUCAGACCUCCAGCUCCAGCCUCAAAUUCCUCAUCUCGCGUAACUUGGCCGCUUUUCAAGGCACAUUUGAGCUUCUGAGGAGGCAGGCGGAGAACCAAACCAACGCCAUGCUGCGGCAGUCCUACGGGAACAUGGCGGAUCAGGUCCGAGGUCCCGUGGGCGAACUCUUCACUGACAUUAGUCUCUUCCUGCUCGGGUCCGAGCUCAGCGUGGAGGACUUUGUCCAAAGAUUUUUUGAUUCCCUCUUCCCCAUAGUAUACAAUAAUAUCAUCAACCCGGGCCGUAUCAAUCUAGCAGCAGGCUACGCCGAAUGCGUAAGGUCAGUGAGCCGCGACGUGCGGCCGUUCGGCGGGACGCCCGCUUUACUGGCCGAUCAAAUUGCUCGCUCCGGGCUCUCUGGCAAGCUUCUCCUCCAAGCUUUGCACCUCGGUAUUGAAGUCAUCAACACCACAGACCACUUGCAGUUGAGCCGCGAGUGCAGAAAGGCCUUGCUCAAGAUGCAUUACUGCCCCCACUGCCAGGGCUUGACUCAGUCCAAGCCUUGCAUGGGCUACUGCCUCAACGUGAUGCGGGGCUGCUUGGCGAGUAUGGCCGAGAUUGACAUCCACUGGAGGGAAUUCGUCCACUCACUGGAGGACUUGUCAGCUCGCAUGCGCGGCACGCAGGAUUUGGAGCAAGUGCUUCUAGGAAUUCACACCUUGCUGGAGGACGCCAUUGGACUUGUGCAAAGAAAUGGACAACGCAUUACAACACAGGUGCACAAAUUUUGCGGGCCACCUAGCAGGAAAGCUGUGCACACCACCAGCAUCCAGCAAAGACUCAGCAGAGAAUCCAUCCACCCCAAAACAUCAACCAAACCAUUAAGCGACACACUUGCUGUUAAGAGAAGGGACUUUCUAAACAGUCUCCGCCUCUACCGGACAUACUACGGUGGCCUUGCAGAUCAAUUAUGUGUCAGCGAACUGGCCUCUGAUGACGGCGGGCUCUCCUGCUGGAACGGAACCGACCUUGUAAAAAGCUACACUCUUCGCGUGGUGGGAAACGGUAUCAAGGCUCAAGCCGACAACCCCGAGGUCAAAGUCAAAGGAGCCGACCCUGUGAUCCAUCAAAUCAUAGACAAACUCAAGCAUAUCAAUCAGCUACUUCAAGGGAAAUCCAUUCCUAAACUGGGAACGUUGGACCAAAUUGAAACAGGAAGCGGAGAUGCAGAAGGACAUUACAGCGGCGACUGCGACGAUGAAGAUGGUUGUGACGGUUCAGCUGGCGGAGAGGUCAAGAAGAACAUCCAGAAAGUCUCCAAAUUGAAUCCAAAUGUGUCAAGUGAUCAUCAUCAUCAUCACCCACCGAUAAAGGAAGCGAAGGUGAAGGUCUCAUCCGGGAGCAUCAGACUGACUGCAAACUUUGUCACCAUGACGAUGACUUGCUUACAUGUGCUCCUGGCAUUGUCGUAAAUGUUGAGUUUGAACCUCGUUUAACAAAACGAGGACACGUGACACAAACACGCCACGGUGCAGGACACACAGGCCAUGCGUGCAUCCUUGCAAAGACUUUUAAAGAACAUGUCCUGCUUUCGCUAACGGAGGAUUAUUUUGUUAAGUAUCAUUUUCGAACACUAACCACAGUCUCUUUUCGGAAAGCUUUAACUGUGUGACGCGUGGCCUUCAGUCGUGCAAAUCGUGGCAGUCUGCUGUAAAAACAUUAAGGAGAGCCAAAGUAAUUUGAUUUUAAAGACAGGCAUUAGCACUUUGAGGCGUCAGCACAAGUGGCAAAAUAUCGAAAGGAAUAUGCAAUUUGCAAACAGUUUCUCUGUAAUGCUUUUACAAGGAAAUGUCGAACAAUUUCCUUUCCUCUAUAUUCUUACAGCCAGUUUAAUUGGUCUAUUUAAAUUUGAAGGCAUGAUGAGAAAGAGGGAGUAAAAAAUAUGAAAAUAAUAAAUAUAUGUGUAUAUUUAUACGUAUAUAUAUAUAUAUAUAUAUAUAUAUAUAAAUUUCCGUCGUCUUUCAGACUCUGCAAGCUCCUGGAGCGUCUGAAAGACAAAUCCAAUCUUUUUAGCUUGUUGCUUGGCGCUACAUACAAUGCACAAUAUGGAGAUUGUCAGCUGCCAGGAUUUUUUUUUUUGCUGCAGAGAAAUGGAAAAUGCCAUCCAUGAAUGGUUGAGGGAAUCUUGCUGUACAGAUGUGCACUCUUGCUCACACUGGAUCGUGUCAAGGAAGGGAUUAGGUAAAAACACUGACUAAUAUUUGCAUCCAAAACAAAAGAGAUAGAUUUGAUAUCUUUCCUGCUCUUGUGAUAGAGAUCAAAAAAAGAUUGUGUCCUUUUAUGUUUUAUUUCUUUCAUUCAUCUGGAGCUGCAGAUUCAAAUCAACGUCAUAUUGAUAGCCAAAGUGCAAAUAUGUUUGUCUGCAGGAUUUUCUCUGGUUGAUUUCACUUUGGAUGAUUAGAUGAUAAGGCAUUGCUAACACAUCUUGUCGUAAAUAAAUUUGAUGUUCUAGCACAAUUUAGCUUUUUUUUUCCGAACUGAAAUUUUGCGCUUUGGCUAUCGACAUGAUCCUUGCCCGCCAUUCAUUCACCAUUGCAUACUCGUAUAAAUUUGAAGCUCAUGUCUUGCCACUGUAAUACCACCAUCCAAGAAUACGGUAUGAGGAUUGUGGCCCAAAUUCCCACAAGACCCAAAAUCUGACGUGAGAAAACUCCCUCACUGUAAAUAAUGGAAAACAACAUUAAAACCGAUGCUCCCUCGUCGCUGGAGCAGAGUUUGAAUGUCCAUAGUGCUUGAAGACAUUUCGGAGGAAAUUCUCAUACCUAAUUCAGCGUAUCUACUGUAGGCGACUUUCACCGGCACACCAAAAAUAUAGAUGGCACAGGAAGUUCUCAUGGAUGGAAAUAUAGUUACUUAGAGGAGCUGUUGUUAGCGCCGUGGCAUUUCUGACAUUAAUGACGACCUUGUUAAAAGCAGAAAUGUAUCAUUGUCACCAGGUAGCAUUCUGUCAGCCUUUUAAAUAUCGUCCUAAUAUUUCUCACAUUAUUAUAAUUGAUAGAUUUGUUUGGAGAAUUUUAAAUCUAUCCUGGGGUCAUCUGGAAAACAUAGCAGGGCUGUUUGAUACUGUCAAAAAUAUUGCUAACAAAGACUACAUGCUAAUUUAUUUUUUAACAUUGUUUUUUCGGUGAUGGUUCGAUUUUUGGGUUCUCAGAGAGAGCCCAGGUUCUGCUGGAAAAUAGAGUAGUUGUGAUCUUUACCAUGAAAAAAAAUAUUUUCAUAAACAAAAUUGAAUUUUGUAUUUAUGUUCUGCCCUAUCCAAAAUUAAUACUUAACAUAUUUUAAUAAUAUAAUGUAAAUUAAAGAUAAUUCAACCAGU